AUGCCCGACCCCAGCGCGCCGUCGCCGCCGCCGCCGCGGCAGCAGUCGCCGCGGUCCGACGCGACCUUGACCGGCGCCACGCCGCCGCCGAAGCGGUCCAAGUGGAACUCGCGCACGGAGUUCCUGCUCGCCACGGUCGGCAAUUGUGUCGGCGUCGGCAACGUCUGGCGCUUCCCGUACCUGUGCUACCGCAACGGCGGCGGCUCGUUCCUCGUGCCCUACUUCCUCGCGCUCCUCCUGCUGGGCAUGCCGCUCUUCCUCCUCGAGCUCGCGCUGGGCCAGCGCUUCGAACUGGGCGCGACGCACGCCUACGGCAAGCUGCACCGGCGGUUCCGGGGCGUCGGCGCCGCGGGCACCUUGAUGGCCUACGUGUGCCUCUGGUACUACAACGUCAUCCUCGCGUGGACCGUGGUCUACGCGGCGCACAGCCUGCGGCCGCGAGUGCCCUGGGGCGCGGACGGCGUCGACGCGGAGCGCUUCUGGGAGGCGCAGGUGCUCCACGAGUCGUCGGGCUUCGACGACUUCGGCGAGCGCGGGCCCGCGUCCGCGGCGCUCUUCUUCGCGCUCGUCCUCUCCUGGACGUGCCUGUUCCUCGCGACGCGGCACGGCGUCCACAGCGCGGGCAAGGUCGCGUACGUCGCCGCGACGGCGCCCUACGGCAUCCUCGUGUUGCUGGUGAUCCGCGGGCUGACGCUCCGGGGCGCGGCCGAGGGCCUGAAAUUCUACGUGAGGCCCGACGCGCGGAAGCUCGCGACGCCGCGGCCCUGGCUCGACGCGGCGAACCAGAUCGUCUAUAGCCUGGGCGUGGGCACGGGCCAGAUGAUCGCCUUCGGGAGCUACAACCCGGCCGACGAGGACGUCGUCGCGGACUCGCUCGCCAUCGCGCACGUCUACGGCGCGCGGCGCUUCGCGGACGACGUCCGGAAGGCGACGGGCCGGGCGGUGCCGCGCUUCUUCCUCUUCGCCUGGAGCUGGGGCACGCCGGCCUUCUGCGUCCUCCUCGCGGGCGCGUCGUUCCAGAGCGCCUUCGCGGACUCGACCUACGAGGGCGCGCGGUCGACGGCGAGCGCCAAGGCCAUCGGGUUCCUGCUCAUGGUCGGGCCCGCGUGCCUGAUGGCCGGCGGCGCCUUCGAGCGGCCGUCGCCGUCCUACUGCGCCGUCGAGAAGCCCGCCGCGAGCGUCGAGCUCACGGCCGUCGCGGCCGCGUCGCCGACGAAGGGGGGCGGGCGGCUCGCGCGCGCGGCGUCGGGCGCCGAGUUCGUGUAAUUUGUUUGAGGUUG